GAGGCUGUGGUAAGCUCUUUGAUAUCUUUGGCUAGUUCCCCAGGCAGAAUAAUGUACCGGUUUAACGUCUAUCGUCGGAUUCUGUUCUAUAAUUGAAUUUCUAGCCAGGAGAAAUUCACUACGGUUUAAGAUCACCCAAGCAUUGCCCACCUAGAAUUUUAACAGUACAGAAAACAUACAAUCAACAAGUAUAGAAUGAAAUUAAAAUCCCCUCCUGAUCUUCUUCAAUUUAUUAAGCUUCGUCACUGCACAGUACCGUCAAGCUCUCAAUUUUAAUUAAUCUGGCUUGUAAUUUUGUCCAUUAUCUCCAACAUACUUUUCUGUUCUUAUACUCUUUUUGGACUUUGACUUCGACUUUUAUCCUGCCCAGAUAAAAUGAUUGAAAACACUGAGCAGGUUGCUAAUACAGCUUAUGCAGUCACCGCUGUUGUGCUCUUGUUAACCUGUGCCAGAUUCGUCUUAAGGCGACUCAAGCAUGAGAGGAUCUACCCUGACGACUGGCUCAUGGUAGUUGCUUUCUUCCUUAUGGGAGGUUUUGCUUCUACAUUCCCUGUUCUUCUCCACACAGGGUCAGGAAAGCAUGCUCACUCAGAUACCGAAACUGUCGCAGAAACGGAGUUUGACUCAAAGUACAUCAUUUUCGGACGUAUUGCCUACCUAUCUUACAUUUGGUCUCUGAAAGUUUGCAUUUUACUUUACUAUUACCGUUUAACAUCUCGGCAGCCGGAACAGAGAUAUGUGAUCUUUACUUUCUGGUUGAUUGCUGCGACCUGGACAACUACUUUCUUGAAUUGGAUGCUUCAAUGCCACCCAUUCAAUCUGAAUUGGAAGCUUACAAGUCCUCCUCAAAAAUGUGCAGAAGGAAGAGUUGGACUGCUAUUCAUGUCACUUUCGAUCAUUGUAACUAAUGUCAUUUUAAUCAUCAUCCCUUUGCCAAUGAUUUGGCGAACGCAGAUGGUGACAAGUACAAAGCUUAAAGUAUCAGCCGUGUUUCUUGUUGGUAUAUUUCUUGUUGUAAUAUCUAUCAUACGAACCAUCUUUCAGGAAAGUAAAACCCAAGGACUUGAUGAUAGGUUCUUUUGGGGAAAUAUGGAGUGUCUUCUAAUGGCGUUCUUUGCCAAUGCUCCUAUACUCAACGCUGUUUAUCGACGCAUCAGAGCUGGAGCUAGAUCCAGCCAUCUCGCAUCUAGAUCCGAUGUCGGAUCUGCCAGAAAUACAGAUGGUAUUGAGCUUUGUUCUGCUGAAGAUUCAAGAGAGAUCGAUUUCAUGGAAGCGCUUCGGGGAGGACCUGGACCCGAGUCUGAGAAACAGUCAGGUCGCACAUAUGUUUUACCGGCAUCGCCAGCACCAGCCAAAAUCGCAUCCGGAUCUCCAAAGCAUUCUAAACGCAAAGACGUUCCCCACACCAACGUACUUCUCUCCGUUUCAAGAUCCAAAGGAACAAACCGCGACUCACUUGGACGCGCCGUUCAAACCGUUGAGAUUGUUCAAACGUCUGAGCCUGCCGAUCCCAAGAAUCCGAUGGCGAUAAAUGCUUUAGGGGGUGUCGGAAGAGUCGAAACGAAGAUUUCUCAUCACGAUAGCUCGCCGUUACCAAGCAAUCCGGAUAUUUACGAUGAACUUUAUUCUUCUGCUCAUAGAUCUAUGACUUUGGAAGAUAUGUUAACGGAGCCUAAUUCGCCUGGCCGGAAACGACAGGUGAUGGAUAGGGCGUGUGUAUAAUAUAGAAAAGCGCCCUCGAUGUAGCGGGAAACAGGAUAUUUUGAAACAGUCGAUAUUGAUAUAUCUCGGGACUUCAUUACUGGGACAAGGAAAAUAUGCCUCUGGCACAAGAUCAAGACGACAUUAGAAUCUAUACCGUUGUCAGAUCCAGAUAAAUUUGCAGGGCAUUCAGUACAAAUUUACGACGUUUUUUUUCGCGAGGAGCUUAGGAUAUACCUUGGAGUCUGGCGAUUUGAGCUCACCCUUAAAUUUUUGCUUUGCGGGUGGGCUUUGUGCCCUAAAAUGCAUGUUAGGUCUUGCAUCUAAAACACCCUUCUCUUUCCAAUGUUUUUUCUUUCUUUCAUAAUUGAUACCAUCGAGUCUUUCUCUAUUCAUUUCACCUAUUAAUCUAAUGACACCAACACUCAUUUCUCCAAAACUUCGAAUAUCAAGCUCCUUUCUUUUGUUUUCUUCUCUUCUUCUUUUUUUCUCGCAAUCAGUCAGUUUCUACAAUUCGAAUACAGCAUACCAUUGGCAUAGAACAUCACAUCACAGCAUAGCGAAGGAGUAUCUGGACUUUUGGUUUGAUAUCGGGAAAUACUUUGGGGUUUGCA